GGAAGUUUUUUUUUUUUUUUUUUUUUUUUUUUUUUCUCCUUUUGGAAUUCUCUGUAACGGCGUUCUUCCCGGAUUCCAAAGAGAAAAAAACCAGAGGAAGAGAGAGGAAGAAGGAAGCGAGAGUGGGUUUCAGAGCUUCUCCACUAAACGGUUCUGUAACGGCAGCCAAAGGGGAAGUGGAGGUCGGUGGAGUUGUAUUUCUUGUUGGGAAAUCUUCCAAAUCGCCAUUGACGCGUUGUAAGUAAAGGUGGGUUUAUGCGUUUUUGCGGCUCUGUUUCUGGAUAAUCUUCGUUUGGUGUUGUUUGACUUGUGGGGGAGUGGGGGAAGCUUCAACAUUAAUGGCUAAUCGGGGUGGGGGGUCGUUUUCACCCUCAAAUGUUUCAUCUCAAGGUUCAGGAAGAGAUGGCCUUUACGUUGAGCUAUGGAAGGCCUCGGCUGGGCCUCUUGUCGAAGUUCCUCGUGUUCAUGAACAUGUUUUCUAUUUUCCUCAAGGCCACAUGGAACAGUUGGAGGCAUCUACAAAUCAGGAGCUAAAUCAGAAACUCCCUUCCUUUAAUCUUCCCUCCAAAAUUCUCUGUCAUGUAGUUGAUGUCCGGCUGCUGGCAGAGCAGGAGACGGAUGAGGUUUAUGCACAGAUAUCUUUAAUUCCAGAAGGAAAUCAAGAGGAACCUGCAACUCCUGGUCCUUCGCCGGGGGAAUGUCGAAAAUCGAAAGUUCAUUCGUUUUGCAAGGUUUUAACUGCUUCUGAUACUAGCACCCAUGGGGGAUUCUCCGUGCUCCGUAAACACGCUACCGAAUGCCUGCCUCCAUUGGAUAUGACCCAACAGACCCCGACUCAAGAACUCAUAGCCAAAGAUCUUCACGGUUACGAGUGGCGAUUCAAGCAUAUAUUCAGGGGUCAACCUCGAAGGCAUUUGCUAACGACCGGAUGGAGCACCUUUGUUACGUCUAAGAGAUUAGUUGCUGGAGAUUCGUUUGUAUUCUUGAGGGGGGAAAAUGGGGAAUUACGAGUCGGAGUGAGGCGUCUUUCUCGUCAACAAAGCACCAUGCCUUCGUCUGUGAUUUCGAGUCACAGCAUGCACUUAGGAGUGCUUGCUACUGCAUCUCAUGCUGCUGCAACUCUAACUCGCUUCGUUGUCUAUUAUAAGCCGAGGGCAAGCCAGUUUCUGGUCAGCUUAAGUAAGUAUAAAGAAGCCAUGAACACUAAGUUCUUAGUUGGGAUGAGGUUCAAGAUGAGGUUUGAAGGAGAGGACUCUCCUGAGAGAAGGUUUUCGGGCACCAUAAUCGGCGUUGACGACAUAUCUCCUUACUGGCCCAAUUCGCAAUGGCGAUCACUGAGAGUUCAAUGGGAUGAACUUGCAUCUAUUCAAAGACCCGAGAGGGUUUCGCCAUGGGAGAUCGAACCGUUUGUGGCUCCCGUGUCCCAGAGCAUUCCUCAAUCAAUUUCGGUAAAGAACAAACGGCCUCGGCCUCCACUUGACAUUCCAGAGUCUGAUAAUUCAACCGUGACAACUCUUCGACAUCCAGUAUCGACUCAACCACAUGAUGAUAAAACACAGCUGAGUGUUCCUGCAGGAUGGCAUUACAAGCAAACAGAUAUUAGCAGCAAUGGGAAUUCGGUAUCGAGGACUCAUAACGAGGGUUCUUGGUUAACCGUCCCGAAUGGGAGUGUUUCGCAGCAUCGAUUAAAGGAUUCGACAGAGGACCAUAAAAGCAAUUCUGUUUGGUCAGCAGUCUUCCCUGGAGUGCCAACAGCACACUCGACGUGUCCAACUCCACGCACAUCGAACCCAAUGAGUGACCAAAUAAAUGAGUUUGGGGAAGAGGGGAGGAAAACCGAGGUGGCUCCUAGCUGUCGCUUGUUUGGGAUCGAGCUCAUUGAUCAUUCUAAGAGGCCCGUUCCACCCGAAAGGACUUCUGAUCAAUCGAACUGCGCAGCAAAUGAAGUCACUGAAAGCCAUGUCAAUACCUUGCUGUCAUCUAAUGCAGAGCAGCAGGGCUCAAACCUGCCAAAGGCUUCUUCUAAAGAACGAAAAUUAGGACUUUUACAAGCACUUCCUAAAGAGAUCCAGCACAAGCACAAUGCCUCGACCAACUGUCGAAGCCGAACCAAGGUUCAAAUGCAGGGGAUGGCUGUGGGACGAGCGGUGGACCUUACGACAUUGGUAGGGUAUGACCAACUCAUUGACGAAAUGGAAAAGAUGUUUGAUAUCAAGGGAGAACUUCGUCCUCGUGACAAGUGGGAGAUUGUAUUCACAGACGAUGAAGGAGAUACGAUGCUCAUGGGCGAUUAUCCAUGGCAGGAAUUCUGUAACAUGGUGAGAAGAAUAUACAUAUGGUCGAGUCAAGAUGUAAAGACGAGUUCGGGCAGAAGACUCACAAUGUCUGCGAUCGAAUUCGAUGGAACUGCAAUAACCUCGGAAUCAGCUGAUAGCUGAAGCUGGGAGUACACUACUUAGAAUACUUUAAAAUCUUUUGGGUUCUUGAAG